CAAAAUCAUAAAGUAUUGCCUCUAUGAGUUUAAUCGAACGCGAGUCAUUUGAUAACCUAUUCUAAUCAUAUAUUUACAAGUAAAUAUAUGAAUAACAUUAUUUCUUUAGUGUGACAACGAUAGUAAUUUUACUUAACAUUAGUUGAAGAAGUUACACGAAUUUAGAAACAUGUCCGAACGCAAUGAUGACACGGAAAAAGAGAAGAAAUCAAAUGAGGAGGCUACAAACAGUUCUUCAGAACAAGAAGAGGUAGAAGAUUCUGAUAUGGAAAAGAUUCGGAAAUAUUUGGCACAAAAGUUAAAACUUUUUGAUUCAUCAGAUUAUGAUGAACAAUCGCAGCAAAAAAUUCUCCGUGAACUUAAUAUAGAUGGAGUGGUAGAUUAUAUAAAAGAAACUGAAAACUGUAAAAUUAUUACUAUGGCCGGAGCUGGUAUCUCCACAUCUGCAGGAAUUCCUGAUUUUCGAUCACCAUCAAGUGGUCUUUAUCACAAUUUAGAGAAAUAUAAUCUACCUCAUCCUCAAGCUAUUUUUGAGUUAGAUUUCUUUAUGGAAAAUCCUGAACCAUUCUUUAUGCUUGCAAGAGAAUUGUUACCUGAAGGUUUUAAACCUACACCAUCCCAUUAUUUCAUUCGUCUUUUAUGGGAAAAAGGACUACUUUUGAGACACUACACCCAGAACAUCGAUACAUUAGAAAGAAUGGCUGGUUUACCUCCUGAAAAAUUAGUAGAAGCUCAUGGUACAUUUCAUACUGGUCGAUGCCUUAAAUGUAGAGCACCAUAUACUCUUCCAUGGAUGAAAGAAAAAAUUAUGGAAGGUGUUAUACCAAAAUGUGAAGAAUGUAACGAAGGUGUAGUAAAACCUGAUAUAGUGUUUUUCGGGGAAAUGUUACCCGAACGUUUCCAUUUCCUUAUCGAUCGGGAUUUUGCACAAGCAGAUCUUUUGAUAAUUAUGGGAUCAAGUUUGGUAGUGCAGCCUUUUGCAUCUUUAGUAGAUAGGGUGCGAUCCAAUUGUCCGCGCUUACUUAUCAAUAAAGAAAAAGUAGGUAUGCAAGAUCGCCUAUCGCGACUUUUAGGAUUGCGACAUGGCUUAAUCUUUGAUACACGAAGUUCUCAUGGCGGUCGUGACGUUGCCUGGUUAGGUGAUUGCGAUACUGGCUGUCAAUUAUUAGCUGAAAAGUUGGGCUGGGGCGAUGAAUUAAAAGAUCUUAUAAAAAAAGAACAUGAACGUUUAAGUGCAGAACAUACCAAUAAGGAUUAAGCUCAUCAAUUGUAUUAUUACAAUGUAAAUUUAGUUGUUUAGAUUACUUGGGAUUUAAUUUUGCUGCUAUUUCUUUGAGGACGAAGAAAUUAUAUAGAUGAAUAAUAUUUUGCUUCAAAGGAAUUGUAAAAACAUUGUUUAGGAUGUUAAACAUUUAUCAUGACGAUAUUGAAGAGUCAUUAUUUUACUUGUAUCUAUGUCAUCAUUUCUUUCUAUAGUAUAUUAUAUUAAAUUAAUGGUGAGAAUUAUAAUUUUUGAACAAGUAAUUUUUCAUACAAUUAACAUUUGAUAGUACAUUCAUGUCAUGGAUAUAUCUUAUUAAUAAUAAUGUUGAUCCAUUACAGUAAUGAUCGCUCAAUGACAUGUAAAUAAUUUAUUUCCUCAUAUAGUAUAUAAUGAUGUUAUGCAAAUAAAUGUGAUUUUUGGCAGUUGAAUUAUAUGUAUAAAUAAAAAAGAGUAAAACAUACAAUACAAUACAAAAUUCAUUUCAUAUUAAA